GAGAGACUGCACUAUUUGGCGGCAGAGGCCAAUAAUGCAAUAACGAAAAAAAAAAAGAAGAAGAGAACUCUGCCCUAACCUAAAAAAUAAAUUAAAAAUAAUUGUGAGGUCCUGUAAUUUUUAAUAAAUUUCAACUCACAUUAUGUCCGUUUUGAAACGAGUUCAACAAUGGGCAACGUUUGCACGAAUAUGGCACAUAUACGAUGCUACUUGGCAAAACCCUUUUCAUAGUGCAGAAGUCCUCAAGAGAUAUUUAAUGGGGAUGCACAAACCUAUUUACCACCCUAUGAAUGAUUGUGGUGACCAUAUUAUAGUAAUAAACAGUGCAGACAUAGCAUUAAGAGGAGACGAGUGGAAAAAGCGUACUUAUUUCCAUCACACAGGGUAUCCCGGUGGAGCUACGUGGACUUUGGCUUGGGAACUACAUAGCAAAGACCCUACUAUGAUCUUAAAAAAGGCAGUUUACAAUAGUAUGGAUGGCAAUUUGCAAAGGAGGUACACAAUGGAGAGACUGCAUAUAUUUCCUGAUGCAAAUGUACCAAACAAUUUGUUGGUUAAUGUGACAAAUCAAAUCAGACAGCUUAGGCAGAAACCCAAGAGGCUAGACCACUAUACUGAGGAGGAAGUGAAAACUUGUCCUAAGAUUAUUGAUUAUCCAAAUGAUUAUAUUGUUAAAUAAUUUUUAAAAUAAAUAUAGAUUUUAGAUUAUAA